AUGGAACCAUUAAAUCAGAAGUCGCUUGAGAGAGCUGUUUCUCAGAAGGCUUUGCAAAUGGGGAGUUCAUUUCCAUGCCAAAUUUGUGUGGUUGGUUUUCUGUGUGGAGUUUGUCUCACUUCUCUGUUUCUGGCUACUCUUACUUCUUUUGGUACUUUUGAGUUUGGUGGAUUUUCAUUUUCGACCAUUUCCGAGGGUGCUUCAGCUGGGAAUUCAAGCUCAGAGAUCAUCAGCACAAACUGCAGUUUUAAACCGAUAAUCAGAACAGAGAGCAUAGUUGAUUCACUGAGAAGUGAAGAAAUAAUCAAUAAUGAGUCAGUCUCAUUGUUGUAUUCAGCUUGGAGUGCUUUACUGACUGAAUCAGAGUCUGGAGAAAGUGAUGACUUGCAGAGACUUGGAGUAAGCACAUCUCGUGUGCCAAAUGCCCCUCAUUUGGAAAAUUGCAAGUUAAAAACACGAGUAAAUGAGCCCCUCGAUAAGCGUGCUGAGAAUGAGACUUAUCCUCCCUGGACAAGUUGGAAAGGGUCGUUGGCCAAGUACCCAGCAGCUGCAACUAACGAGCAUCAAGCUACAUCUGAAGGUGCUUAUGCUCCCUGGAUUACAGGUUCUGAUGAAGAAAAUUACCCCUUGACCAGAAAAGUGCAACGAGACAUAUGGAUGCAUCAACAUCCUUUGAACUGCAGGGAUCCUAGUGUAAAAUUUCUUGUAGCUGACUGGGAAAGAUUACCUGGAUUUGGAAUUGGGGCCCAGAUUGCUGGAAUGUGUGGGCUUCUAGCUAUUGCAAUCAAUGAAAAGAGGGUCCUUGUUACCAACUACUAUAAUCGGGCCGACCAUGAUGGUUGUAAAGAUUCAUCCCGCUCCAGUUGGUCUUGCUACUUCUUUCCUGAAACAUCCCAAGAAUGUCGAGAUCGCGCAUUCGAGCUUAUGGGAAGUGAAGAAGCCUGGAAAAAAGGCACAAUAAAGGCAAAAGAAAGUUAUAAUUCAAAGCAAAUAUGGGCUGGACCUACACCUAGAAUAUGGGGUGAUCCUUGGAAUCAUUUGCAACCUACCACAGACAUCAAUGGAAGUUUAGUUGCUUAUCAUCGCAAAAUGGAUCGGAGGUGGUGGAGGGCACAGGCAGUACGAUACUUGAUGAGAUUUCAAACUGAGUACACAUGUGGCUUAUUGAAUGUUGCUCGUCAUACUGCAUUUGGAAAGGAAGCUGCCAAUAUGGUCGUCACAACUUUUGAAGGGAAAUGGCCUAAGGAUGCUACAGUCGAUCAAAGGUCUGAUAUUGAAGAAUUUGUUUGGUCUAGUCACAAGCCUUGGAUGCCUAGGCCACUACUCAGCAUGCAUGUAAGAAUGGGAGACAAAGCAUGCGAAAUGAAGGUAGUUGAAUUUGAAGAAUACAUGGGUCUUGCUGGCCGCAUUAGAAAGCGCUUCCCACAGCUCAAGAGUGUUUGGCUCUCCACUGAAAUGCAGGAAGUCAUUGACAAAUCCAGAAGUUACCGUCACUGGGACUUUUACUACACGAACGUGACCCGCCAAGUCGGAAACAUGACAAUGGCAACUUAUGAAACGAGUCUCGGCAGGGAGACUAGCACAAAUUAUCCACUUGUCAAUUUCUUGAUGGCAAGUGAAGCUGACUUUUUUGUUGGAGCAUUGGGUUCCACUUGGUGCUUCCUUAUAGAUGGAAUGAGAAAUACCGGGGGGAAAGUUAUGGCCGGAUACUUGAGUGUCAACAAGGACCGGUUCUGGUAG